GUGGUGACCGUCAGUGUGCUGCUCGAGCGCCACCUUCCUGCCAGCUCCUCCUCUCCUCUCCUCCGUCUCCUCACAGAGAGUGGGCAGACACAUCAAGGAGGACCUCCUCUUUGUUAAUAAGUCCUCCCCUUCCCUUCGCCUCUGACCUGCUCAGGCACUCAGGCAGCAUGCAGCAAACGUUCCCAUCAGAGCGACCUGCAGCAGCCACAGCAGCAGCAGCAGUGCAGCCUGAGCUCGUCCCUCCGCUGCCUGCCCCGCCAUCACUCUAACACUCACCUCUGACCCUCCGACCACAGGACACCUGGACGGCUGCUGGAGCUGCAGCUGGACUUCUCUGACUCGCAGGAAUUUUGAAACUGAGGAACAUAAAAACCUACAGACGAGCUCCUGGAUGUGUUUUGGCUCGUGGGGAUUUUUUUUUUCCCUGUUCCCCAAGGUGUCAUCACCUGGAUUUUCUCCUGAGACUUUUCUCCUUCGUGCUGGAAAGUCAGACUGGAAAGAUUGAGACGGGACAUAAGUGAAUUCAUUUUCUCUCGGUCAUCUUAUCUUUUUCCGUGUGGGACAGACACUGCUGUGGGAAAACUCUUCUCUCCAAGAUGUUCUGCUCCAGGAGAGUCCUGCAGCAGUGGUGCUUCGCUCUGUUCCUGCUCUGCUCUCCGGUGCCGCACUUUGGACGGCCGAUUGAUGCCCUGAGCAACAGAAUAAAGCGCUCUGUGACUCAUGCUCAGCUGAUGCACGACAAAGGCCGGACGCUGCAGGACUUUAAGCGUCGCAUGUGGCUGCAGGAGCUUUUGGACGAAGUUCACACGGCAGAGAUCCGUGAAAUUCCCCCCCGUACCAGCGGAGGAGCAGGAAGCAGCAGCGGCGGUGGUGGCGUCCCGGGGGUCAACGUGGGCAUCAACCUGAGCACCACCGGCAGCACCCUGCACUCCAAACCCCCCGGAGGAACCAAGAACCUCCCCAUCAGCUUCGGGCUGGAGGAGGAGGAGGGCACCAACCUGCCGCAGGAGACCAACAAGUCUCAGACGUACAAAGACGGCAACCUCAAAGCGCAAAAGAAGAAGAAGAGAGGGAGGUCCGGGAAGAGGAGGGAAGGAGAGAAGAGGAAGAGGAGGGCGCGUUCGCUGGGGUGGAGGCUGGAAGACGAACCCGGGAGCGGACUCCACCUGGAGUGGAGGUCUCUGCUUGGCCUGCAGAGGGCGCUGCUUUAAAACGCUGUCAGUCUCUGACACAGAAACCUACGGAUAGUCGGAGUGGACUCCUAAAUACUCAUGUUACAGUCUUCUGUAAUAGUGAUUGUUUGGAAAGAAAUUGGAAAAUAUUUAUUGUCUGUAAAUAUUCUAAAUAUAGCAGAAUAGAUAGCAGAAUAUGAUAAGAAAAAAAACUUAUUUGAUGCUCUGUGGGGCAACAGAUUUUAAUCUUUGUGAAUCCUUGCUUUUUUUUCUUUUUUUAAUUCCAAUUAUGUCAGAUUUUUUGCGGUAAUUUAUUUUGUCUGAAUGGUGUAUUUAUUUUGUAAAUGUAUCGAGGUGCUGCUGACCCUCUAUAUUUUUGUACCAUAAUGCACUUUAGAUAUAUAAAUAUAAAUAUAUAUACCAUUAAUUUUGUUCAUUGACUUGUUUUUGUGGUUGAUUGAAAUGAAGAAAAAAAACCGACAGUCGUCAUUCUGUGUUACUUUUCAGUUUGAUUUUUGACCCUCUGCUCUGUUCAGACGUCCAGUUUUUUUGUUUCUUUGCUGCUGUUUCUCCGAUGUUUUCGGCUCAAUUGUUUGUUGUCUCACCUUUUGUGUUCGACCCUCCUGCUGCCUUCAGUGUCUGUUUCCUCCACAGUCCGCUCUGCUUCUCAAUGCCAAAGUUCAUAUUUGUACAUAAAACAAACACGGCUCGAUAUUGUUGUUUUUGGCACUUGCACUGAGAUAAACACCCUGUACUGAACAGAUUAAACAUUUGACAGUAACUCCUCAGUCUCUGUGUCUUUCAUGUCACUUUGUCCUGUUACUAAAGGCUGCAGUCAUUUGUUUUUGGCCACCAGGAGACAGAAAUAUCAGACUAAGACAAGUCCUCAUCUGCAUCUGUGUUGUGUUGUACCCCAGGGUUCUGUCCUGGGUCCUCUUCAGUUUGUCUUGUAUGUACUUCUCCCUGGGCAGAUAAGUUGUUUUAAAUAUUAAAUUAUAUGUUCAAUCAUA